ACUAAAAGUUGUUUAAAUUGUAAUGUUCUCAAAACUCCAAUGCAUGAGAAACAAAGUUGAUGUUUCUGAAUGUAAAAUGAUUUCAGAGAGUCAGUUGGGGAUAAUCAAAAUUCAGAGCAUCUGGGAAAGAAGAGUUGUAAGAUUAUUGAUUUUUACUGGAAUCCACUCAGACUCCGACUGAAACAACCACUUCCAUCAGGUCAGAAAUCCAUCAGCUCAAACUCUCUGCAGGAGCCGAUUGAGGAGGAACUGGAUCUGGAGGUCGAUGUCUGUGACAGGGACAGUGAAAGGCACACUCCCAAAUUCAGUUCUGAGCUCAAAGGAUUCUUGAGGCCGAGUUACAUCAGUUACAACAUGGUGCAUCUACCAUCUGUUACCUGCUCAAUGGGAUCCUUCACUCCUGAUUAUCUGGUUUCAGUGGGUGUGGCAGAGGUAUCGGAGUAAUUGUGUUUCAGUACGCUGUCAUGCCAAGUUUGUAUCUCUUGUUGUUUACGUUACGUGUGUAAUAAAUACAGAUAUUUACAUUCUUUUCCUUUUUAAUUACCGUUGGAACUUUGAGCAUGUUUUUCCACCUGAAUGAGCGCUUACGUCACCUCUGUGUUCCAAGUAAACACAGCUCACCCGCUUAAGCAGCACAGCAGGCGCUUACCCCUCCUGCUCUGUGUCUAAUUAUACCCACGGUUCACUCAUUUACUUGAUAAAUUACUAACAAGGUGUCUCUUCUUCUUUAUUCAUUUUAACCAAUAGAAACCAGGAUAUGGACAUUACAAAAAAGGUAUAUUAAAGCACACAUGUUCUACACUAUAAAAGUUGAUAAUACUGAUGAUUAGUAUAUUUAAUUGAUUUAGAUUGAUUGCCCAAACAAUCAAAUAUUUGAUUGCUUUAUCUUUUUGAUGAAUUGAAUAGAUAAAUCUUUCUAUUGUAAUGAUAUCUUGGUUGCUGAACCAAUCCAUUUCUCAAUGUGAUCAAUAGAAUAACCUUUGUUUUACAAAUUGUCCAAAUUGUUAUUUAAGGGUUUUUUCCCUCUUUAAAUAAUUUCCCGAGUUACUCUGUGACGUAAAUCUCACAUUAACAACAUACAUGAUGGCACUAGUUUACGUUUCUUUCUUUUAUUUAUUUAUUUAUUCAAGGAUUUAAUCAGAAUUGGAGUUCAGAGAGAUGUGAAAGUCAACAGCUAGUGAUUAGAGUUAUUUGGGGUUUCUCAGAGACCUCUGUUGGCCGCUCCAGGAUGUCCCGUCAGUCCACAACGGACUGGAGUGGUAACGAGGGCGUUCAGGCCAGGAAGCUGAACGGUUCCUCAGUGGAGACACCGAGCCACCAGAACCUGCACCGAGAACUGCUGCUCACCCAUAAACGGGGCCUGCUGCUUGAGGAGAAACCGGAGCUGAAACGAGUUCUGGAGCAGCGCAGACUGGAGCUGCACAGAGAGGAGGAGUUGGCCCAGCGGCGGCCCUCCGAUCUGCAGACGGAGCUUCGCAAGAGGCAACAGAAGCUGCAAGAGUAUGAGCAGGAGGAGAUCCGACAGCAGGAGAACCAGCAGAAGAUCCCAGAGUUUGUCCGUGUGAAGGACAACCUGAGGCGGACACAAACAUCGGAGCAGUCAGGCUCCCAUCAGCCCCACGCAUCUCACCCUUAAGCCCCAUCUUCAUGUUCACUGUCUGACAGACACAUCCCAGAGGCACCAGCUCGCUACACAUCUCUUAGUGAAAGUAACAUUACAUUUUGAAAUAUCAGAACUUGUUUAAUAAAUCAUGCAUACCAAUAAACACAUAUUUAGAAAUGUCUUCUUAAAACUUUGAACAGGUUUGAUGAAGGAGCACUUCUUUUUUAUUUAUAUUUAUGUGGAUCAACAUUUGUUGCCGGAAACAGGAUGGAUAUUUUAUAAUUUUUUUAUGGUCAUUAUACUAUUUUUUAAUUUAUCAUGCUUUCUCCUGGAUUAAAGGACGUUGACAAUGUGUUGUUGUUUGUUUAGUGGAAAGGCCAAAUAAUGAUUUACUUUAAAAGACCUGCGAUUAUUCACCUUUCUGAACAGAACUAUUUCGUAUUAAUAGAAAUCCCCCACAAAUGUACACAUAUCUAUUUAUGUCAUGACCUUAGAUGUGUAGUGUGCCUGUGUGUUGUGUAAAUAAAGGCUUCAUGGUUUGCAGAGAUGUGUGUUUUUUUGGA